AUGUCACCAACGUAUUCACCUCCUGAGAAGGUGGGAAUUAUGAAACUUUCCACCGAACUCCGAAAUAUCAUCUGGACCGAGGCUCUAUCUAUCAAGCAAUCUCGAUACAUACAGUCAUCUAAAAAAUCAAUACUUCAAUCUCUGCGAUUAACCUGUCGCACAAUUUACAAUGAUCUCGAAUCAGGAUUUCCAACAGAAUAUUUGCAAACCCAAACUUUCACUUUCCGAACCCUGGAAUCCUUUCUCAAAUGCGCCCCUUUAUAUACUCGCGCGGAACAAGUCCUCCUACAAUCAGUUCAUAUUCAAUUCUGCGAGACACCGGAUUCCCACCGCUACAAAGGCUCCCCUCACGUUCCGUACACGAGACAAAAUUUCCUACUCGAUGAGAUUCUUUUACCGAAAUAUCAUGGUGUGAAUGACUGGAUCUUCGAUGUCUCCAACCUCUUCCACUCUCACCAAAAUUUCUCAUUCCGUCACAUCACAUGUUUUCUCCGCUAUUGUCCCGCGGAAAAUUUCACCUUGAUCUUCAAUACCUGCGAUGGCUCAUUCAUGAACUGUGCACAACCCCGCAAAGGAUUCAAACUCGCAACUACCAAAGAACGCACACUCAGCGAAUUUGGAGAAGACGCGGCGAACUUGGCGUUGGCGUCGCAGCGCUGGAAAGAGGAUGGUGAGGCGAGUGAGAAAAUCGAUCGGGAUUCGACAGUCCUUAUUAUGCAUCGUCCGACCCAGCUUCCACGCGACCUGAAUCCGCACGUCCCGUAUUGGAAAUUCAAUAAGCUGGAUGAUCCGAGAGAUCCGUGGUUGGAUGUUAAGAAACAUGCACGGAAUAGUAUCUCGCAUGCCGCGAAGUGGAAGAUGGAGACGUGGAAGAGGAGGAGGGAGAGGAGGGCCGAUGCGAAGGAGAAGAGGAGUGCGGAGUUGGUGAUGGUGGCGAGGGAAAAGGAGGAGGUGCUAGUUUUGAGGCUUUUUGAGGGGAGUGGCUUGGAUGGGAUUUGGGUUUGA